GCUUGUCCCGUGUGAAACGUGAUGACAGCUCCCCGUACGGAGACCCGGCAGUCACCCGUGGAUCACCGUGGGCCACCUUCUUCCGUCGCCAUGCUCUCUUGAGCCUGCGGGUUCGUCCAGGGAGACGCGGCUCGGUUCAAUCCGUGGAGACGCGUAGCUGCUGAAAAAAAAAGUUGUGUCGCUGAGGGGAGGCAACUGCCACAACACCACCGCCACCACCUCCUCACAUCACCGGCCUGAAGAAGAAGUUGGAUAUCUAGUCUGACUGGGUCUAACGGCCGGAUCCAGGGACUCCAACAGAAACAACUCACAGGUUAUGAGGAAUGGAACCGGGCUCGGUGGUGCGCGCCGUCUUUGAGUUCCUCCCCAGCGUCUCAGAGGAGCUCCCGCUUUUCCCUGGCGAUGUCAUCGAGGUACUGGGUGUAGUGGAUGAGUUCUGGUUGCUUGGCAACAAAGAUGGCGUCACGGGUCAGUUCCCCAGCACGUUUGUGGAAGAGGUAACGAUCCCCGGCACCAAGCCUGGAGACAGACUCUAUGUGUGCAUCAAUGACUUCAGCUCCGCACAGUCCGGCACUCUGCCCUUAAAGAGAGGUGAUGUUGUAGUGGGAGAGACGAGAGGGUCCCUGAACCUCGGGGAUUCCUGGCAACGAGGCAGUAAUGCUUGGGGUCUCCGUGGUCUCUUCCCUGUGUCAUGUGUCAAGGAGCUGAACCUCUCUGGUCGAUCGAGGCAGCUGUCUGAGCGCUCGGCUCAGGCGCAGGCUCUAGAGCUCCCACCCUACGCACUAGGCCAGGCCAGGGCUCUUAUGAGCCUACAUGCACAGCUCAACGAAGAGCUGGACUUCCGUGAAGGUGACUUGAUCAUCAUCACAGGACUUCCUGAGCCGGGCUGGUUUCAGGGGGAGUUAGAGGGCCAAAGGGGCAUAUUCCCAGAGGGUUUUGUUGAACUCCUGGGCCCUCUACGGUCUCCUCAAGUCCCAGAUGAUGGCCAGUAUUUAAAUGAAGACAGUCAGGAGUUAAUCUACAAGGAUGCUUAUGAUGCUGGAGAGGGGCCUGAAGAGGAAGUUAUGGAAGAAGGGGAAGUUUUUCUAGAUCAAGAAGAAGAACAACUGCAGGAAGCUAUCAUAGAGGAAGAGCAUGAGGAGGAAGAAGAGGAGGGUCUCUGUGGAGUUGGGCUGUAUGAGUUUCGGGCCAUAGAGCCAGGCGAGUUGGACUUCAACGUAGGAGAUCGCAUUCGUAUUGUGAGCACUUUGGAAGACGGUUGGCUGGAGGGGGAACUGCGAGGGCAGCGGGGAAUCUUUCCUCAUCGUUUCAUCAAAAUGGAAGGAAAUGAGCAGAAAACUGCGGAGGAAAAACAUGCUGAAGAAGAGAAAGACAAUGAUGAAAACUCCAACCACACAAGUCCCAAUGGGUCUGAAAAUGUGCCUGAAUCAAGGGUGUAUGAGGACCAUACCGUCUGGGACUUGGACUACUUUGAGAAUACCCAAGAACAAAGCUUAAUGCAUGAAUAUAGCACAGCUACGGGUCAAGCUAGAACCAUAGAGCAGAAUGAAAUGAACAGAAGACCUGAGUUGCAGCCGCAUAGACCUGCCCCCCCACCUAACAGGCCAUCUGAGAGACCCAGAUCUACUCCUCCAGCGAGGCCUAGACUACCUCCUCGGCCAAGCCUACCUCCACAUCGCUCUGAGCUUCAGGUUAGCCCGAAGUCCAAUGGAAACCAACCCAACUAUACAAACAAAAACCGUCGAACAUUACAACCUAAACGAACUCAGAGCCUUAAUAACUGUGCGCCUGGUUGGUCAAAAGACAAGAUGUAUCUCCAAAGACCACCAGCAGAAAUUUCCACCACAAAUAACAGAUCCUCCAGUAUUUCCCACACAUUAAAUACCAUCAUAGAAGGUAAUAAACAACAAAGACUAACUCGCCAUGCCAGUAUGAGUGAUGCUGACAUGACACAUAGUGCUGUUGCACAUUCUCAUUACCAAAAUAAAACACGAGGCCCUAAUGGGACACUCCCGACAUCCAUCACCUCGGAAGCCCUGGCAACAUCAGCCAGUGACCUAGAAGCCAAGCUGUCCCAGCAACUUUUUGAGUUUGAGAAAAGCUUAACCUCUUCUUACAGUGACACCAAUGUGAGCUCUGCUGCUUUUAGGGACCUUUCGCCCUCGGCUGACCUGAACCAGCAAUCCCAAGUUUCCCGGCACUUUUCCAUCCUGGGCUACAGCAACGAAAACGACAUCAUCCGAGGUUCCUCGCGUUCCCCCGUCUCCAACCUUUCACAUUCCAACAACUCCUCGUUGGAGAGACGGAGAACCCUUCGCCCACCGCCUCCUCGCCCUCGAGUCCAGCGCCCGCCACCCCCCACUGUGUACAGACCAACUCGUCCUGCUCCGCGCCCCCCUGCUCGCUCACCAAGACAAAACGCCUCUUAUCCAGCCGGCACGGAAAGAACAAACAGCCCCAGCUUCUACAACCUUGAGAAAACCACCACCAACGAUGCAGUCGAGAUUCACACUGAGUUAGGCGACCCCACGGCCACCCACGAACACGAAACCCUGCAGGAUACAGACCCAGACCUGAACAGGGAGAUGGAGGCAGAAACUGAGAGACAGAGGGAGGAGGAGGAACGGUACCAAGUGCUGCUGCGGCUCCAGGAAGUGGAGCAGGAGAUGGAGGAAUAUGCUCGGACUGCGGAGGAGCUCAGAGCGAUGUUGGAGGAGGAGGAAGAGGAGACGGCACGCAUGCAGACCUUAGAGAAUCUGGAGUUCUGUAACUACACACUGGAGACACUGGCCUUGGAGCAGCAGCAUCUACAAGAGAUGACGCUGCUGUCGUCGCAGCCCAAACCCGUGGACUCCGGCCCGGUCUCUGACGAAGCCCCCGCUGCCGGCACGGACCCCGAGGACCCUGGGCAGAGGAUGCUGGAGAAGAGGUCAAAGGUCAUCGAAGAGCUGCUGCAGACCGAGGAGGACUACGUCAAUGACCUGCAAAUGUGCAUCGAUGAGAUCAUUGUGCCGCUGCAGGAGAGGAAGGUGGAAGUGGACUUUGAGGGGCUCUUUGGGAACAUCAGCUCUGUGAUUGACCUCUCUCAACGGCUUUUAGAUAGACUACAGGAAUCAGAAUCUGUCGGAGUCGUGUUUCUAGAUUUCAAAGCUGAGCUGGAGGAAGUGUACAAGCUGUACUGCCAAAACCACGACGAUGCCAUCUCCCUGCUGGAGAGCUACGAGAAAAAAGAAAACAUCCAGGGUCACGUGUUGGAGUGCCUGGAGAGGCUGAGGGCGAUAUACCGCAAGCAGGGUAAAACUAAUUACAUCAACCUGGGCUCGUUCUUGAUCAAGCCGGUGCAGCGGGUGAUGCGUUACCCGCUGCUGCUGUCGGAGCUGCAGGGCGCCACGCCGGAGAAUCACCCGGACCGGGACCAGCUGACCCAGGCUGUGCAGGCCAUCAAGCAGAUCAACGUCAACAUCAACGAGUACAAGCGCAGGAAGGAUCUGGUGGUGAAGUACAGAAAAGGAGACGAGGAAUCCUUCAUAGACAAGAUCGCCAAGCUGAGCGUUCACUCCAUCAUUAAGAAGUCGAACCGCGUCAGCAGCCACAUCAAGCACCUCACAGGAAUCUCUCUUCAGGUUAAAAAUGAAGAGUUUGAUGAUGCAGAGAAGAAGUUCAGGCUGCAGGAGAGGCUCAUCAAGUCUUUCAUCAGAGACGUUUCCAUGUACCUGCAGCACAUCAGGGAAUCGGCAUCUGUGAAUGUCCUGGCUGCCAUCAGCUUCAUUGACAUCUACACAGAGCGCAGCGUUCUGGAUCCGGAGCGUUUCCAGAGAGCUCACCGCUGCAUCAGCGACAAGCAGUUCACCCAGUUUAAGGAGCGCGCCGAGGCGCUGGUCAUCAAGCCUCUCUCCCAGCUCCUCGUCAUGUUCGCCGGGCCGCACAAACUCAUCCAGAAACGCUUCGACAAGCUGCUGGACUACGACAACUGCAAGGAGCGCGCGGAUCGGCUGAAGGACCGCCGCGUGCGCGACGAGCUGCAGGUGGCACGAAACAACUACGAGGCGCUGAACGCGCAGCUUCUGGACGAGCUGCGGAAGUUCAACGGCGUGGCGGAGGAGCUCUUCAAAGACUGCGUGGGCGCCUUCGCGCAGGCGCAGAAGGACUUCAUGAAGCUGACGCUGGGAGAGCUGAGGCCGCUGUUGCAGUUUUCUAAUAAAGUCGGCGCAGAGGGAAACCUUAUCACGCAGUUUCAGGAGGAGUACCACCGGGUCCUGAAACUGCUGCAGAGCUUCAGCUUCUGCCCGGAGAACCUGCCGCAGCCGGCCGGAACCAUGAAGAGGCCAUUUGAGAAGAAGACGCUGGAGAAGCAAAGCACCAAGAAACAAUCUCAAGGACCUCCCAACUACGCCGUCCAGACGGACGAGCAUCGCUCGGCUCUCCUGGCUGGCUACGCUCCUGAGAAACUUUACCAGGCGGAGAGGAACUUCAACGCCGCUCAGGAUCUGGACAUCUCGAUUCAGGAGGGAGACCUGGUUGGUGUGAUAAAGCAGCAGGACCCGAUGGGCAGCAACAACCGCUGGAUGAUUGACAACGGAGUCACCCAGGGUUUCGUCUACAGCUCCUUCCUCAAACCGUACAACCCGCGCCGAAGCCACUCGGACGUUUCCAUUGAGAGUCAGUCGUCCAACGAGUCCGGCUACGGCGGCUCCUCCCCCGUUUUCUCCCGCCAGAACAGCAACAGCACUUUAACCUUCAACCAAGACGGCGCCACCGUCAGCUACUCCGCGGCGCCACAGAGCCACCCGUCGCCGCAGCCGUCGCUGGACUCCGCCUCGUCCCGCCGCGGCCAGGCGACCUCCAACCCCGACGCCGUCACCCAGAGCUCCUCGUCCCGAAGUCAAUCGAGCCGCAGAGACUACGCCGACCAAUCGCACAGGAGCGGCGGCACUCACAGAGACUCGGAGCCGGCGCACCGGCACUCGGGCUCACAGAGAGACUCAUACGAGAGCAGGAACAGAGACACGUCGGAUUACUCGGAGACGGACUCGUCGUCCUCUCAGAUGAACAGCAGCAGGUCCAAACGACACGGACACGCAGACAGGAGCUACAGCUCACAUCAGUGGAGGGACGGGGACGGAACCAGGAAGUCCGCUUACAGCCUGGACGAGUACGCCGAGCCGGAACCAGAACCAGAACCAGAACCAGAAAGUGAACUUGACGGUCAUCAGAUUUACUACGCGCUGUACUCCUUCAACGCCCGCUGCGCUAACGAGAUGAGCAUCUCCGCUAACGAGCGGCUGCGCAUCCUGGAGUUCCAGGACCUGAACGGAAACGGCGAAUGGUGGCUGGGGGAAGCCGACGGAGGAAGACGAGGAUACGUGCCUUCCAACUACAUCCGCAAGUCCGAGUACACAUGAACGCCAUCUUCCCUCGCCAAGGACACUUCGACCUUGAGAACUUCCCGGACGAAAACGGAACAAAACGAGCAUUUUGCUGUAAUUUAUUCUGAGACUGUUUUCAUGGGGUUUGAUGUGGAGGACUAGUGCUGCAAACUCACACUCCUGACAUUUUUAUUCACCUGUAUUUAUAUACUUUUUUUUUUAAAGAUGUUUUUUUACGAACUAGAAGGUACACUUUGUCCUGCAAAAACACAAAAUUUUACCAAGUAAUUUUGGUUUAGAUUCUAGCUCAAAUAUCUUAGUUCACUUGAAAUAAGA